CCGAAAUGGAGGUCUGCUGGACAAGUCGCAAAGGGUCGUAGUGGUUUACGGUCGUUGCCGGUGCACAGUUCAGAACCCAUUUGAACGAGCGUGUAAUUAGGAAGAAGGCACUGUGAGCAGCAGCUCGUGAUCUACAGUCGUUAGAUUUUUAUAUUAAAGAUACAGGAUUGGUCCACCGGACGACGACAACAAAAUAGUUCGAGACCUUGGCGCCCGAUAAAGGCACUGUGUUCAAAGUACAGGGAGUCUGCUAGUUUAGGAAAGUCGGUAUGAAAUUGGAGAGAUAGCUAGCGAGCUAGCCAGCCUGUUAGCCUGUGAGAUUGCUGAAGACAUUGUGCUGUAGCUCGAUAUAGUUACAGCGGCUGCGCCUUCUAACUCGCUCUGGUUCGUUUGUAUGCCAGUCAGGCAGUGGGCCUUGUGAGAGUGAGAAUGCUGAAGUUGACGACUCAGGCGUACUGUAAGAUGUUACUGCACGCUGCGAAGUAUCCUCAUUGCGCUGUUAAUGGGAUACUAGUGGCUGAGAAGCAGAAAGAGAAGAAGAAAGAGGGCCACACCAGCACCAUACUCUGCGUGGACUGUGUACCCCUGUUUCACGGCACUUUAGCGCUAGCUCCCAUGUUGGAGGUGGCACUUACAUUGAUUGACACAUGGUGUAAAGAAAAUAAAUACGUAAUAGCUGGUUACUAUCAAGCAAACGAACGCAUAAAGGAAGUGAGACCAAAUCAAGUUGCUGAAAAAGUAGCAGCAAGGAUUUCAGAAAAUUUCAGUGAAGCAGCAAUGAUAAUACUGGACAGCAGCAGAUUUACUAUGGGAUGCUUUACGCCAAUCCUUUCCAUUUACGAUCAUCUUGACAAUAAGUGGAAGUGCAGAGACCCAAGCACAGACUCGUUUGAAGACUGGACAGAAGCUCAGAAGAUCACAUCAGCCUUGUUGGAGAGUAGGUCCUAUGAAAACCUCAUAGACUUUGACAACCACUUGGAUGACCUCAGGAAUGAUUGGACAAAUCCUGAAAUCAACAAAUCGGUGUUGCAUCUAUGCUGAAGUUGUCCAAGGGGUCUACCUUACCUGUCCAAGCCAUUAAUGCCAAAAUUGGUUGCAUAUUGUUACUGUAUUCAGUCCAAUAGGAAAGGUUCUUCCCAGUGGGAAAAGCUCAGAAAUGAAAUAUUUCUAAAGGGCAAGCAGGACAUAAGUACCACGUGCUGUUUGGAAUGAUUGUGAUCGUCAUGGCAUGGAUUAUUUCUUAAACUUGUUGUCAGGCAACAGUUUUUAUGCAUCCAUUUAACGCACAACCUUAUUAUGGCAUUUCAGUUUGAUUGAUGGGCAGUUAUCCUCAAACUUUUCAUAUGCCCAUCUUUUCAUAUGCCGUUAAAUAUUCUUUUUGUAAUUAAUACUACAGUUUUCAAUCUGACCAUCACUUCAUUGUUGAUUUUCAACUUUUAUGAACAUUGUAAUCUGAAUUAGCACAUAACUCUUUUGUUCCUUUUCAUAACCUGGGAGAAACUGAUUGGAUGUGUGUUUUGCAUUAGAAUUUGAAUAGAAGUGGCAGUGUUGUGUAUUACUCAGCAUGGUUUCAGCAGCUGAAGUGGUCAGUUGGUUAUUUACCAGUUGCAAACUAACUUGAAUUUAAAUGCUGAAAUAUGGUUUGGUGUGAGAACAUUUUGACAUCCAUACACAAAACAAAUGUAAAUGCUAGAGGAUUAUGGAAAUGGUUUUAACUUAAUUGCUUUUAUUGUUUGUUUUUCCCGAGUUACUGUAGCCUUACAGAGAUAAUUAAUAAAUAAUCUUUCAGAGGUCAUUUAAAUGAAAGGUGUUUCUCAUUUCAUAAACAGUUUAAUGUAUAUACUUAUUUUGGUACGCAGCAUUAAAAGGAGUUUAGUCUUAAUAUAUAAACAGUUUUGAAGCUCUGCUGUUAUGGUUUUACUUUAUUAAGACAUAGGUAAUAUUUGUGUGGAAAAGACUGCCUUGGAAAUAUACAUAAUUCUGUAAUGUUCAUUUCUGAUGGAAAAAAUAUAAUGUAAUUUCAUAAUUAGAAUCAGGUGGAAGGAAAUUAAAAUUAGCUUUUGUAGAAGUAAGAAUAAAGUGUUUUUUAAAAAAUCUGUUUAGCUUUGUACUUAUUGGCUUGUUUUGGUAAAACACUUUAAAAGGCUCUUCUUGACUGAGUUUCUAUAAGAUGUUUUAACGCCGAGAAAAUAUUUUUGAAUGCGAGUAUGCUGCAGAUAUUCCUCUGCAGAUCCAUUUUUUUGAGUCAUACCAGUUAGUAAUCAUUUUGUCUUGCUUUCACAGUAAUUUUAGAUGGUUUGCUAUGAGAGAAGAACAGGAAGAAGUAACAUGCCGGACCAUGUAAUGACAAGAAUAAGCCUACUUUUUAAAAAAUAGCAGCCGAAUGGCAGGUGCUUUUGCACUAAAGAACCUUGUAAAACCGUGUCCAAAUGACUGUGUUGUCUCUUUAUAUCAUAAUAGCAUUACUAUGUUAUAACAAUGUUGUUUAAUUUGUCUUUAGCAACAAAAUGCUAAAACGUGGAAAUGUUAAAUGUUUGCUAAACUUUCUUGAAUAAUAUUUGCAUCAGA